GCCAGCUUUCUAUUAAAACAACUUGGAGAGUGAAUCGCACGUCACUCUUUUUAAACGGCUUAUAAAGGCAUGGAACUUUAUAGCUUUCCCACCUAACCCACUACUCAUAAAAGGAGCCCCAUUUUCAUCACUUACAUCCCAAGCUUUUUCUUAGAGAUGGCGCAUGGAAGUGGCAGUUCAAAUCAAGCCAUGUUCAUGGUUCCAUUUCUACUUUACCUCCUCAUUUUCUCAGAAACCGUCGAUGCGACAACGUAUACCGUCGGAGGUUCCGACGGUUGGACCUUCAACACGGCCACUUGGCCUCGAGGGAAGCAUUUUCGGGCCGGUGACAAACUCCUGUUCAAAUACGAUCCGGCGCUCCACAAUGUGGUGGGGGUGAGCAGUGGAGGUUACCGGCGAUGUAUUACGCCGGCGGCGGGCGCAAAAGUGUAUAAAUCGGGGAAAGAUGAGGUGAAACUGCGCAAAGGAAUGGACUUCUUUAUAUGCAACAUCGCUGGCCACUGUGAAUCUGGAAUGAAGAUAGCCAUUAAUGCAGUGUAAUCAUCUUCUUUUUCCGAUUUAUCAGGGCUUAAAUGUGCAUUUCCAGUUCAAUAUAUGGUUUAAAUUUGCGUUGCUGGUUCAAUAUAGCUGUUGCGAUGUGUUUUCAAUUAUAUUCUUUUGUCA